AUACGACAUGCUCCUGGGGCCUCUGCUUAUGAUCUCCUUCCUGCUGUGGUCGUCAGCUUCAACCUCACCAUCCUCCACACCAACGACAUCCACGCAAGAUUCGAGCAGACCAACAAGUACAGCGGUCAGUGUCGGGUCGACGAUGUGGCAGAGGGGAAAUGUUUUGGUGGGACAGCGCGACAGGUGACCAAAGUCCGAGAACAGCGUGCCCUCCACCCCAACACCAUCCUCCUGUCUGCAGGGGACGAGUAUUCGGGGACGUUGUGGUUCUACAAGUACCGCGGUGCCGUUGUGGCCAGAUUCAUGAACCUGUUGCAGUAUGACGUCAUGACGCUGGGUAAUCACGAGUUUGACCUUGGUAUCGACGGAUUGAUGCCCUUACUCAACGACGUUAAUUUCCCCGUGGUCAGCGCCAACAUCGACGCUACUACCGAGCCAAGGGUUAAUAGCAAGAUAGUGAAACACACGGUGUUGACUGUCAAUGGUGAACGUAUCGGGGUCAUCGGAUACACUUCCAAAGAGACACCGGUAAUUUCUGUUCCAGGUCAAAACCUCAAAUUUGAAGAUGAGAUUGCAGCAGUCCAGAGAGAGGCUGACAUCCUGACGUCACAGGGCAUCGACAAGAUCAUUGCUGUUGGUCACUCGGGAUUUGAUGUUGACAAGAAAAUUGCAGCAGAGGUCAACAACCUGGAUGUAGUUGUCGGAGGUCACACCAAUACAUUCCUUUACACAGGCGACCAUCCGUCCAACGAGGAACCGGUAGGAGAGUAUCCCCACGUGGUGACCCAGUCGGGAGGGGCCAAGGUGCUGGUGGUGCAGGACUAUGCCUACGGGAAGUAUUUAGGAGCUCUGGAAGUGACUUUUGACCCGGAAGGAGUCAUCACUUCAUGGGGAGGUAACCCAAUCCUACUAGACAACAACACAGCACAAGAUGAAGCGACCUUGGAGGUGAUGCGUCCCUACAGAGAAGGCGUGGCCGACGAGAUGGGUCAGGUGGUCGCGAGAAGCCAAGUGUUGCUGGACGGAGAACGGUCAUCCUGCAGAGUCAGAGAAUGUAACUUAGGUAACCUGUAUGCCGAUGCAAUGGUGCACCAGAACCUGAAGCACAGCGACUCCCUGGAAUGGAACCACGUGGCCAUCGCCUUUAUGAACGGGGGUGGAAUCCGUGCAUCUUUACAGAGAGGUGAAGUCACUUUCGGCGAUGUCACCACCGUCCUACCGUUCCGGAACACCGUCGACAUCGUGGAGCUGCUUGGGAGACAUGUCCGGGAGACACUGGAGUUUGGGGCGUCCAAGUGGGCGGAGACAGGGAAAUUGUUCGGGGGCUUCCUACAGAUGUCGGGUAUGAAAGUCGUGUACGACAUGACGAUGCCAGAAGGUCAAAGGGUAGUAGAGGUCAAGGUCACAUGCACCAACUGCACCGUGCCCCAUUACGUGGAUCUCGACGAUACCGAAGUAUACAAGAUCGUGAUGUCCUCUUUCACUGCCAAUGGCGGCGACGGAUAUGACGUCAUCAACAAAAACAAGAUCAAACAUCAUCUGCUUGGCGAUGUGGACACAUACGUUCUCCUCGAAUACAUACAACGUGUAUCCCCUCUUACCCACGGGCUGGAAGGGCGGAUCAGCUUCCGGGAGAAGCCUGAGUGUGACUGCCCCGUCAGUGACGUUGCCCGCCCCGCACCACGUUCAGCGACUACGACGGCGACGAUCCUGCUCCUGGUCGUAUCUUCCUGUAUGGGAAACACUGGUUGGGACUGACUGUUCCUUGAAUGAUUCUGUUGAUUCAUUUUAGUGACUUAUAAGACACGUAAAGGAUCAUUACUGGUGUGAGCUAGUCUUCACUAUACUCCACGCAACAAUAUUUUAAUAAAAUAUCUACAUUUUUUAA